CGCACACGUGCUCCACGCAGCCCGCGCCGGUGGUGAAUGUAACUGCGAGAAAUUCAACUGCGUGGUCUGUGAAGCAGACAGGCGGAGGCGGUGGUAACUGUUCUUAAAAGGAUUUUGCUUCAUAUUUGAUACCAAACCGGACUAAAGGUGACUGGGAAACAGGAAGAGAGCCUUGAUGUGGGCAGUAUGAAUAAGACGCCCCCUAACAGAAGAGGGAUAACAUUUGAGGUGGGAGCUCAGCUUGAGGCCAGAGAUAGCCUCAAAAACUGGUAUGCUGCCAACAUAGAGAAGAUUGAUUACGAUGAUGAGAAAGUACUAAUUCAUUAUCGUCAGUGGAGCCAUCGUUAUGACGAGUGGUUUGAGUGGACAAGUCCCUACCUGAGACCUCUAGAAAGGGUCCAGCUGAGGCGUCAAGGCUUGCAGGACGACGCACCUGUGCCUGGUUUCCAAGUGAACGACAAGGUCCUGGCAAGCUGGUCUGACUGCCGUUUCUACCCUGCUAAAGUAAUCUCGGUCAAUAAAGAUGUUUCUUACACUGUGAAGUUCUUUGAUGGCGUCAUUCAGACGGUGAAAGGAAUACACGUGAAACCUUUUAUUAAAGAGAGAGGUGCUGGAAAGUCACGGAGUACAGAGAGAAACAUGGUUAGACGAGUCCCAAACCGCAAAGACCGCAGACCUCCAGUAAACGGUGAGCCCAGGAACAAGCGGGCUAGACGCAGCACCUCUGACCAGGAGAAUGACAGUAACAGUGAAGAUGAGGAGGGAGAAACGAGGAUGGUCAAUGGGAAAAACAAGAGAGCAAAUGGUAAACUUGAGACCUCGCCCACUCUGAUAAAGGUAGAAGAAAAAUCAGGGCAGGCAGACCAGAAGAAGCCCAGUGAUGCAGAAGAUGGCUGCCAACUUACAAAUGGCACAAACGACUCUCACAAGCAACAUGAUGAAAAAUGUCAUGUAAAUGGAGAUGUGAAAAAGGAAGAAGAGGAAGUGGAAAUGGAUGUGAAUGCAACACAGCCAUACACUAACUCAACUAAGCCAUACACAGAGGUGCCCAAUCAGCCAGAAAAGACAACCACAGUUUCCAGUGAAGAUUUGGAGCAAAAACCAAACCUUGAAUCGGAGAGCUUGCAGCCUACCAUGCCGCCUUUGCCUCAUCCUGUGAAGCCUGUGAGGAAGCAAGGUUUCCACAACCCCAACAGAUUCAGCAGAGAACCAUUGUACAGGGUCAUCAAAAACCAACCACCUCCUGUACUUUCCAUCAACCUGGACCAUAACCCAUUCAAAUGUAAUGUCGCGGGCUGCACCAAGUCAUUCCGUAAGGCCAAACUGCUUCAUUAUCACAUGAAAUAUUACCAUGGUGAGGAGCAGCCAUUAGAGGCUGAGUGCAGUCCCACGAGAAGCAGCCACACCAGGUCAUCAGAGAAACAAGUUACUGGCGCCAGUUCGGAUGGUCCAAAGAGGAGGCGAACCAUAUCUGCUUCCAUGCAUACAGUAGCUGCUCCGGCCACUCGGGGUGAAGUAAAGGCUCCAGGCAGGCGCACAUCUGCUCCCUCUGCAAUCAGCACGCAUGGCCAUCAACAGAGGUUGCUACUAAGGGAGAAAAGCAAAGAGAACCAGCUUGAUAGGAAUGGAUGCCAACCGCAAGAUAAAGAGUCAGACAAGUGUGGCUUUGACAUUGGGCCUGUAAAAGAAAGAACAAAAGAAAAACUCAAACAGAAAGACUUCCUUCGCAUUAAGCUUAAGAAGAGGAAGAAAAAGAAAAAGGCCCAGUCUGACUGCACUGGUAGUGAGGAGAAUAUUGACUUCUCAGUACUGUGCCCUCCACCCAAAUUGAAAAUGCCAUUCAAAUAUCCCCCCUCGCACAAUUACAAGCGUGAGGCCUACCGCGGCAGGCCUGGAUACAGCGACUCAUUGGAGAUAAAUGUGGAUGACGACGAAAGCUUCAGUGAUUGGUCCACUGACAGCUGUGGGUGGAGUGACGAAGACUACGGGUUGGAUGUAGAUGUUACCACCCCACCCCAGAGCCUGGACUGUGGUGCCGAUGGUGACGACCAAGAAAUCGUGCGAUGCAUCUGCGAGGUGGAAGAAGAGAAUGAUUUCAUGAUCCAGUGUGAAGAAUGCUUAUGCUGGCAGCAUGGUACCUGCAUGGGCUUGCUGGAGGACAAUGUUCCAGAUAAAUAUGCUUGUUAUAUUUGCCGAGACCCUCCAGGCCAGAGGCAGAGUCUGCGCUACUGGUAUGACCGCGAAUGGUUGAGCAAUGGCCACAUGUACGGCCUGUCGUUCUUGGAAGAAAACUACUCCCACCAAAAUGCCAAGAAAAUAACUACCACACACCAACUGCUGGGAGAUGUGCACCAUGUGGUCGAGAUCCUCAAUGGACUGCAGCUGAAGUUAAAUAUUUUACAGAAGAACACUCAUCCCGACCUAAAGUUGUGGCGCCAACCUUGGAAGAGAGUUGCAAGGCCACCAACAUGCUCAGACUCUUAUCAAGGCAGUGAUGCUGCUCCCUCUCCUGUCACUCCAGAUGAAGACAUGAGUCGGGGAGAGAUUUUAAUGUCCAAUGCCCUGGAAAAGCUUAGCCGAGCCGCUGCCACCACUUCAUCCUGCUCCUCGUCCCCGUUCCCUUCAUUUCAGGACUCUUACAUCACCAGCGAACACUGCUACCAAAAACCACGGGCCUACUAUCCAGCGGUGGAACAGAGACUGGUCGUUGAGACCCGACAGGGCUCAGAGCUGGAGGACAGCAUGAGAAGCACUGAAGAGCUACUGGAGCGUGAGCAGCGCUUCGGCAGCUUGCUAGAGACGGACAAACCUAGAUCGAUCAGCAUGAGCAACAAGGCUACGUCUGGAGGUUCAUGGUCAGAUGUUGAAAUGAAGAAAGAGGUUUGGAGUCAUUCAGAAGAAAGUGCUGAUAACUGCAAGCAACAACAACAGUGGCAGAUCAACCUGCUGGAUCACAUCGAUGCAGUUCAAGACGAAGUCACACACAGGAUGGACUUUCUUGAGCGAGAGUUGGAUGUGCUGGAGAGCUGGUUGGACUACACAGGGGAACUAGAGCCUCCCGACCCUCUGGCGCGUCUGCCUCAGCUCAAACACCGCAUGAAGCGACUGAUGUCACAGCUGGGAAAGCUGCAUCAGCUCACUAUGUUGAGCUCCACAUGAGGGCGCCACAGAACAGCUGUACUGUAGUUGAAAUCUCGCUGAGCUUGGCAACGCGAGCAACGCGGACCUGAUGUCUGCAGCUGUUUGUCCUUCUUUUAAGGGUUCUAUGUGGUGAAUUCGGAUGCUCCAGCCACUUACAGCCUUGUAUGGAAAAUCAGCAUUAUGAAUCAGGAUUAAACACCAUAAGUAACCUCGCAAAUACAGGAGAAAGUCCUUUAGUGGACCAGAUGACACAAUGGCUCCCAUGCAACUUGAUGCCUUUUGUCUGCCUGUUCAGCUCAAGGUGGCUUGUAUUUCUCUCAGUGCAUACAUAGUGCAUUACACACUAGCUUUAUAUUCAGCUUGCAGUUAAGUUCCGUAAACAAAUACGAGAAUAUUUUUGAACAUGUUCAAUAUAUAUGUUUGUGCUCCAGUCAUGCGUUUUAGCUCAUCCUGUUAAAAAAUGGCUUGAUCCCUUGAUGAUACCCGGUAUGUAAUGGCACUUUACAAGCAGUCUUGACAAACUUAUUUCCUGGAGUUUUGUAUUUUCUUCUACACUGUGAAGUUAUUUUUGUCUUCAAUCAAAGGUUUCUUUGUUCUUAUUUUUCCACAGCUUUUGAAACGGUGACCAGCGUGAAUUGUGUUUUGUCUUAGCGCUUCUCUCCAAAGCGUUAGUUUUUAUUUGUUUUCCAAUUAUUCCAUAAUAACACUCUCUCCAUGGUUGCCGUAGAUCCAAAAGGUUUCACUGAAGACUUACUAUGGACUGCAUCCCUCCUUAACUUGGUUCCUUGCUCUUGCCCAUGACAACAUACUCUUUUGACAAGUUUCAUUUCCAUUUUCCACCUCUUUGUUUACAAUACUUUGUAAAUAUUUUCAUCUUAAUGUGCUCAUCUUUUCAGAAAAAAGUCUCUUCAUAUACAGAUGUCCCACGCUACUGUACUGUCUGGCUUAGAGCAGGGAAAAUGUUGGAACAAUGCAAAAAAAAAAAAAAAAAAAAUCUGUUGGUACAUUAAUAAACGAUCAGCAUCAUUAACCAUAA